CGAUAACAGCGCAAGAGAAAUAUCACACAAAAAAAAUAACCUUUUUCGUUUUCAAGACAAACAUGUAAAAAAAUAUGAGUUUAGCAGAGUUGACAGCGACCAAGACGAGAAAAGCACACGCAGCUCUGCAAAAGACAACCACGACGACGAGUGAGUCGGAGUAGAAGGACCAGGAGUGGAGUAGCAGGAGCAGGAAGCCGGAGCAGCCAAUCAAGGGCGGGCGGAAAAAUCAAUCGUAGUGACAGGAGGCCAACUAACCCGCCGCCAUGGUGAUAGAGAAGAUCAUUGGCGACUUGGAGUCGAACAUGACGCUGGAGAACGAGGAGGCCAAGCGAAAACUAGUGGAGAUGCUUACGCAGAACAAGGAGCAGUGGUUGGUGCAGUUCAUGCUGGAUUACUUCUUCAAAACGGGAUCUCAGCGCAUUCUAGAGGUGCUGGUCAAGGCCCAGGCGCCACACGAUGGCUACAUCUUUGACCGGCUGGACGAUUGCCUUAAACAGUCGCAGCACAGGGUGCAGAGCCUUCAGGUGUUCUGCUUCAUAGUGCGCCAUCAUCCCACCUGGCUGUACAAGAUCGAGAAGCACCGGCUUAUCAAGAGCGUAUUUAAGCUGCUGACGCAUGAGAAGGAGAUAGUACCGCUAAUGAGCGCCCUGCUGUGCAUCAUCACCCUGCUGCCGAUUAUCCCGAACUCGGUGCCCAACUUCCUCAACGAUCUCUUUGAGGUAUUCGGGCAUUUGGCCUCUUGGAAGCUGCAGAACAGCAUAAAACUUCCGGACGAGAAGCUCGUUCACUUGCAGUUGGGCCUGCAGAUGCUGUUCCACCGCCUGUAUGGAAUGUAUCCUUGCAGCUUCAUGGCCUAUUUGGUGGAGUUCAUCAAGCGGGGCAAUGGUGGCGGCAUCUUUCAGCACACGAUUAAGCCGCUUUUGGACACGGUUAGAUUGCAUCCCAUGCUGUUGACGGCCACACCGGAAACGGAAGUGAACAACACGCGGUGGAAGGAGAUGGAGCCGCAUGACGUGGUCAUGGAGUGCGCCAACCUGUCGCUGCCUGUGCUUCUGCCCGAGACGCACAACGAGGACGGCAGCUGUGCGUACCCCAUGACCCCGGGCUACAGUCGCAUGACCUCGACUACUUCGAACACGGACUACAGCUAUCAACUGAGGGAUUUCCAGCACUCGAGGAGCGUCUACGCCCGCUUUGAUUCGAACGCCUCGGGCGGGGAACUCGGCCCAAUCUGGAGUCCGCACAAUGAGAUCGCCACCACCAGUAGCGCCAUUCCGCUGACGCCCACCACAUCGUUUAUUUUGCCGCUCCAGCCGGCAAUGAACUCGCAGCUAAUGGUGGGUAUGACCGGAUCCUCGCCGCCCGAAGCUGCUGUGGAGGCCACGCCGGAAACAACGCCGCUAAAGGAUAUGCGGGAAAUCAAACAGCCAGGCCGUGUGCUCAACUCUCAUGCGGUGAGGGCCAUCUUCGCGUCCAGUCAGCCUUCUUCUCCCAUGCGCAAGGACCAGCAGAGUCAGUUCAGUUUCCCGGAUGUCAGUCGAGAGGCCGAGGAGGGCAGUGCCACGUUUCUGGAGGUCACCAGGGUAACCACCUAUGACCGCCGCCUGCAGCAAGUCAUUCAGGACAGGCACAACGUGGAGAGAUCUGUAAAUCUAGCGGAAAUGAGCUCGGAGUUGUCUGUCGUCGGAAUUUCUGCAUAUCCAGGUCCCAAUCAGGAUGUAACAGCCGAUUGCGACCAAUGCAACGAGACGGACCGGAAUCCAUGCAGCGUCGGCGGACUUCACAUGCCCACCAGCCGAUCCAUGCACCAGUUGGCCAAGAAGCGCCGCAACCGCAUGGCCAGCUAUAGUGGCAAUGAUUCCUGUGCCUACAGCUCGAGCUCGGCGGCGAAGAAGGCCAGUUGGAGUGUGGAGCCGGAGAACCCGAUGCGACGGACCAAAUCCUGCUCAGCCUUGGCUGGACUGCAACAGCAGCAACUGGAGGAGAACGAUGACGAGGCCGAUUGUCCCGGCCAGAGGCAGAGAACGGAGAAUGGAACUACGCAAAAGACUGGCAGCCGCCUGCAGAGGAGCGGCCGGAUCCUGGCCAUUUCGGCGCCCAAGGAGCCGGUAAGAAGCUGCGCCCACGCCUCCACCCAGACGGUGGAAGGAUUGGAUAGUGCUCCGUCGCAGUACGAGAAUUGGCUGAUUGAACUUCUGCUGGAGUGCAAGGAGCAGCGGAACAACUAUGAGAGGAGCCUGCUGUACCCUCAGGAUAUCCUGGACGAGUACAUCAAGCACGCCAUCAAGGCCAACGACGCCUUCGACACCGAGCAGGGUCAGUUGAUGUGCCUGCAGCUGGAGUACGAGAGCUACCGAAGAUCCAUUCAUGCGGAGCGCAAUCGGAGGCUCAUGGGCAGGAGCAGGGACAAGCGUAGUCUGGAAAUGGAGCGGGAUCGACUGAGGGAACAGCUUAAGAACUUCGAUGCGAAGAACAAAGAUCUGGCCAACAAGAUGGACCAGGCCAUGCGGAUGGCUAACGAACAGCAGAAUGCCCACCAGGAGGAACUGAACGAGAUGAGGGCCAAGUACCAGCACGAGUUGGAGGAGAAGAAGUGCCUGCGGCAGGCAAAUGAUGACCUGCAGACGCGUCUCACCAGCGAGAUAGCGCGCCAUAAGGACAUGAACUAUGAGUUGGAGUCGCUUCGCGGUCAGGUUUUCAGUUUGGGAACCGAGCUGCAGCACACACAGCACCAGGCGGACAUGGGACAGCAGUGCAAGCAGGAGCUGGCUCGCCUGGAGGCCGAGUUCAUCAUUAUGGGCGAGGUGCAGGUGCGUUGUCGCGAUCGUCUGGCCGAGAUCGAUAACUUCAGAGCCCGCGACGAGGAGCUGCAGAUGCUGCAAGAAAGCAGUCAGCUUGAACUGAAGGAACUGAGGCACAGCCUGGACGAGAAGACAUCACAGCUGGAGAGCAUGAAGCACAAGAUCAGCGAACUGCAGGCCCAGCUGGUCAACAGCGAGAAGGCCAUGACCGAGCAGAAGCGACUGCUCAGCACGGUCAAGGAUGAGUACGAGGAGAAGUUCAAGUCGGUGAACAAGAAAUAUGACGUGCAGAAGAAGAUUAUCAUGCAGAUGGAAGAAAAGCUGAUGAUGAUGAUGCACCAGCCGCAGGGAAUAGCAGGACACAACACCUGCUCCCCGGACACGGACAGAACUGACAUUGCUUCAUCCAUCGAGCGCAACUCCCCGUUGUCCACCUCGUUGGCCUCCAGCGAGAGCCUUUCGGCCAGUCUGCGCUCCACAGAGCUAAAGAACCUGCAACAGCUGGUGGACACGCCCUCGGUUCCGGAGGUGCUAAGCAGCCUGGCAGCCGGAGCUCAGUUCGAGGACGGAGUACGUCUGCCGGCGGUCGACUUGGCCUCCUCGGCCAUCACCGCCAGUGUUAUCAACAUCGUGCCGCACGCUCUGGACCUGCCGUCCACAUCCGGCGGCAUCGGUCACACGCUCACCCACCCACAUCCGCAUCCGCACCUCCAUCUGCAGCAGCAGCAAUAUGAGCAACUGCAGCAACAGGAGCCGCUGACGCAGUUUGUAAAAAAGAACUAGCUUUCCUUCGCUAAACAAAUGUCUAAUUGGGAAAAAUCCACACAGAAAAUCAACAAAAAAAAAGUUAUUGGUUUUUUCAUAUUUUCAUAUUCAGUUCAAAACUGUAACUAAGGUUUAAUAAAUCGCUGACUCCACGCAAUAAUUAUAAAGGUUAUACAAAAUAUAAAUGUUUGAAAUUUUAACUUGUUUAGCACAUUGCAAUUUGUUGUAAAAAAAAGGUUUUUGAUACGAGGCAAUAAGUAAGGCGCGCAUUCAUAUUAUAAUAAAUAUUAAAUUAAGAUCAGCAAGCAUAAAA